AUGCGGUCUUCCAUUCUUUCGCUCCUUUCCCUCGUGACGGCUUCGCCAAUUGCUGUUCUUGGUGACAGUAAAGCGUAUCUCGAGACUGCUAAGGGCGAAUACCUUUCUUAUACAACAGUCAGCCGAGGAGCCAUGAUCGGACUCGUGGUCGAUAAAGAAUCGUCCGCUACGAAGGCGCUUGUCAACGAGAAGGGCCUGCUCGAGAUUGAGGUAGACACAUCGUUCGUUGCCUUGACUUUAACAAACCUCUAUGGCGGACCAGGAAAUCUUAGUGAGGUUCUUUUCGCCUAUGAAACUCCUACCACGGGCUUCGCAUUUUCGAAAAAUGGCUCUUUGACUUUAAGCCAAAGCGGAUUUCACGGUUUCUUCGCAUGUGAAGAACAGGACACCGGAAAACAAUUGUACUGGGCUGCAAAGUCCACCCAAGCACCAAAAACCUGUGAGGCAGUUUCCUUUGCUAAAGCAGCUGCUUAA